CUCGUCGCGGCGCUGCAGGCGUCGCUCAGCGCUGACGCGUCGCAACGCGCGAGCGCUGAAGAGUUUCUGCGCUCGAGAUCGAUCCAAGAUGGAUUCCUUUUGCGCGUCCUGGAGCUCGCGGCGAGCGACCACGUCGAUGCGAUGACGCGACAGAGCGCGGCGGUGACGUUUAAGAACAUGGUGAAGAAGAACUGGGACCCGAGCGAACCGGAUGAGGUGGGGGCGGUGAAACCGGUGGGGACGAGCGAGGGCGAAAAGACGCGCUGCCGAGGCGCCAUCGUGGGGCUGAUGCUGCGCGCGCCCAAGCUGGUGUCGGCGCAGUUGAGCGAAGCGUUGAGCAUAAUAUGUGCGGUCGAUUUCCCCGAACGAUGGGAAGGAUUACUUCCGGAGCUGGUGCAGAGACUCGGAAGCGCGGGGAACAGGGACUUUCGGGACGUGGCGGGCGUGUUGACGACGGCGAACGCGAUAUUCAAGCGAUACCGCGGAGCGAUGAAGACAGAGGAGCUGUAUAAAGAGCUCAAGUAUGUGUUGGAUACGUUUUCGAAGCCGUUGCUUGAGCUGACGCUGGAGGUGAGCGCGGCGUUAGACGCGAGCGGGGCGAAUGUUGAGCUCACGCGUCAGUUGUUGCAGUGCUUGCGGUUGAUUUGCAGAGUCUUCUAUAGUUUGAAUAGCCAGGAGUUGCCCGAAGUUUUCGAAGAUGCCAUGGCGGGGUGGAUGGGCGUGUUUCACAAGUUCUUGACGUACCAAGCUCCGCCCGGAUUGGCGAGUACGGAUGACGAUAAAGCGAGCGAGGCUGACCAACUCAAGGCGGCGGUGUGCGACAAUAUCAACCUCUACAUCGAGAAAAAUGAGGAAGAGUUUGCGCCUUACUUGCAACAGUUCGUCCAAGAUGUGUGGACACUUCUCAUGUCCACGGACCUGGCGACGAAUCGGGAUCAUUUAGUGACGUCGGGUGUGAAGUUUCUCACCACAGUGGCGAGUAGCGUGCAUCACAAAUUGUUCGAGUCGCCCGACACGCUUCGUCAAGUGUGCGAAAACAUCAUCAUUCCAAACUUGCAGUUUCGAGAUGAAGACGAAGAGUUAUUCAACGAUAAUCACGUGGAAUACAUCCGACGGGAUCUGGAGGGCAGUGACGCAGAUACGCGUCGUCGAGGCGCGUGCGAGCUCGUCAAGGCGCUCACGGCGAAAUUUCCCGAGCACGUCACAAGCGCAGUCACUGGCUACGUCAGCUCAUUGUUGGCGCAGUACUCCGCGGACCCGAAGAAGUUUUGGAAGGCGAAAGACGCUGCAAUUUAUUUGGUCAUGGCUUUGACGGUGCGCUCGAAGUCGCUCGUGAAAGGUGCGACGGAGACGAACGAUUUAGUCAACAUUAUUGACUUUUUCAAUCAACACAUCGCGCCCGAGCUGCAGGCAGCGAAGGGCGCGUCGCACGCCGUUGUGCGCGCCGACGCACUCAAGUUUUUGACGAUGUUUCGACAACAGAUCCCCAAGACGAUCGCUGGGCCGUUGCUACCGGCGAUUGUGCAGUUGCUCGCGACAGAUGAAAACGUCGUGCACUCCUACGCGGCAAAUUGCUUUGAACGUCUGCUCACCGUUCGCGACGGUCCGGGCGUGCCGAGAUACGUCUCGGGCGACAUCGCGCCUUUGAGUCAGCAACUCUACACCAACAUGUUCCACGCGUUCACCAUUCCCGAUAGCGCGGAAAAUGAAUAUGUGAUGAAGUGCGUCAUGCGCGUCGUCGCGUUUAGCGGCGCAGACGUCAAACCUGUGGCGACGAUUUGUUUGCAGCAGUUGAGUGGGAUGUUGCUCGAGCUGUGCAAGAAUCCUAGAAACCCAACCUUUGCGCAUUAUUUGUUCGAGUCCGUAGCAUCGUUGGUCAAAAACGUCAGCAACGAAGCCGCGCUCAUGGGUCAGUUUGAGCAGUUGCUCUUUCCGGCCUAUCAACACGUGUUGACGGCCGACGUCGUGGAGUUCACUCCAUACGUCUUCCAGUUGUUGGCGCAGAUGAUUGAGAGUUAUCCGGCGGGCGCGACGCUCCCCGAGUCGUACAUGGCCAUCUUUCCCGCUCUACUGACUCCGCUCAUGUGGGACCGGCGCGCGAACGUCACCCCGCUCGUGCGCUUGCUCAAAGCUUACCUCACCAAGAAUUCGCAAGCCAUUGUCGCCAGCGGUCACUUGCAAGGUGUCUUGGGCGUGUUCCAAAAGCUUGUCUCGAGCAAGGCGCAGGAUCAUCAAGGAUUUUACAUUUUAAAUUCUUUCGUGGAAUCUCUCGCCUUGGAUGCGUGGGCGCCAUUUUUGCCCACGAUCUGGAGCAUCCUGUUUCAACGUCAACAAACUAGCCGCACUCCCAAGUUUAGCAGAUGCUUGGUCGUGUUCACGUCGGCGUUGUGCGUCAAACACGGUCCGUCGAGCGUGAUGGAUAGCAUGAACAAAGUGCAGCAGGGCAUCUUUGACAUGAUUUUAGAAAACGUAGUCGCGGUGGAUAUCGUUGGUGUCACGGGAAAGACCGAGCGUAAGCUCACGUGCGUGGCUGCGCUUAAGUUUCUCACCGAGUGCCCACCCGUGGUCGAUCGUCCAGGAGCCUUUGCUAAGCUCCUCUCGGGCGUCGUCCAGCAGUGCAUCAAGCCCGACGACGACGAACCCGUCGGCGAGGACGACGACGCCUUACUCGAAGAGCUUGAAGCCAACGCCGGAUACGCCGCGUCUUACUCCAAGCUCACCCAAGGUGCGGUGAAGGAGAAGGAUCCGGUGCCGGAUGUCGUC